CACCCCUUGAAACCCUUCUCUCUCUCUCUCUCCUGUUUUUACGAUCCCGCCCCUUGAAACCCCUCUCUUUAACAAUCCUGCCCCCUCGAACCCCCCUCUCUCUCUCAGCCACCGGGCCUCCCUGUCUCUCUCAUCUUUUUCAGCCAUUGGGCCUUUGUAACUACUCUCUCUCUCUCUCUCUCUCUCUCCAUUUCUCUUCAGAAUGACCACCAUCCGAAGAUUCUGCUGUGACGACCUUUUACGCUUCUCUCAUGUCAAUCUCGACCACUUAACUGAAACCUUUAACAUGUCUUUCUACAUGACCUACUUGGCUCGUUGGCCUGAUUAUUUUCAUGUUGCUGAAGGUCCUGGAAAUCGAAUUAUGGGAUACAUUAUGGGUAAAGUUGAAGGACAAGGUGAAUCUUGGCAUGGUCAUGUAACUGCUGUGACAGUCGCUCCAGAAUACAGGAGGCAGCAACUAGCUAAGAAACUUAUGCACCUACUGGAGGAGAUUAGUGACAAAAUAUAUAAGGCCUUUUUUGUGGAUCUUUUCGUGAGGGCAUCCAAUAUGCCGGCCAUUAAGAUGUAUGAAAAGUUGGGUUAUGUUAUCUAUCGACGUGUGCUGCGUUACUACUCAGGCGAGGAGGAUGGCUUGGAUAUGAGAAAAGCUUUAUCUCGUGAUGUUGAAAAGAAAUCCAUAAUCCCCUUAAAGAGACCUGUUACCCCUGAUGAAUUAGAGUAUGAUUGAUGUUAUUGCUACAUCGAUCAUGAUGGAUUUAAGAGUCCAAUUGAUGUGCGUGUACCUGUACUUUCAUAGAAAAAGCUGGAAAUGUCAUGUUGCAGAAGCUUGUGCUUUGUUGUAGUCAAUAUAAUUUUUUUGCGGACAAAGCAUGAUCUUUCAUCUUUCUUUGUAGUGGUUUCUUGUCUAACCGCCCAUGGCUCAAUUAAAAGGCGCUUAUCAGUGCGAACUUCAGCUUGUCUUCGAAUUUUGGGUACAUACUAUUCAAAAAGAAGGUAAAAAUGAAGCCUCUGAAUGUGGAUAAGAGUUUGUUGAUAUGGGAAAUCUUUUUAGGGAAUGACAGUA